UAUUCUUCUUGAAAAGAGAAUUUAUUGUACCAUACGAAUUUCAAUGUGGGAUUGUCAAUAUAAAGCCAUUAAUAAUGGGCGACUUACAAAUAGGCAUGUUUGUCCUGGUCUAUUGAAGAACAGAGGCUCGGAACUCCUGACAAUAAUAGGGUAGUACACAGUAUUCAAGUAGCGUUCCCUAAAACAGGAAUAUAUAAUGACUAUUAUUUACGCUUAUGAUUAACAUGGAGAAGAUAAAUAAGCGGAAUUUCCUGACAGAUUUAAAACUGAAUUAUGUACUACGUACAUUAUGGAUUCUAGUAUUACUUGGGGUAAUGACGACGGUCAUGUUAUGGAAAGAGGUGACGUUAAAAUCAGAACUAGUAUACAGAUCGCGAAGAGGUAUUGCUGCUCCUCCACCUUCUAGGCACGAGUCAAUAUUCAAAAAGGUUAAGUCAUGGCUACACAAACCGAGUUCUGUUUAUAGUAACAAUGGAAAUUUAUCUUCAAACUUGAAUGACACUAUCACAAUAGAACAAUCUGAAAAAGUAAUUUUCAAAGAACAUACAGCAGAGGUGCGCGGGGCGGCCCACGAUCAGAAUAUGAAAUUAAACGUGAACUUAAUAAAUCGCGCUCAUCACCGUCAAUCUACGCAGACUAUAGAAGAAUGUGUGUCGUCAGUAACACUUUUAUUUAAUGACUUUGUAUAUAUCCCUGGAGGACAUUGGAAGCCUGCCGACUGUCUGCCAAGAUGGAAGGUGGCGUUGAUAAUUCCUUUUCGUGAUCGCUAUACGCAUCUACCAAUAUUUCUUAGGUAUAUAAUUCCUAUGCUACAGAGACAAAAAUUAGAGUUUGGUAUAUUCGUGAUAGAACAGGACAAUACGCAAUUAUUCAAUCGUGCAAUGUUGCUCAACGUGGGUUUCCUCGAAGCUUUAAAUUUUACCAAAUGGGAUUGUUUUAUAUACCACGAUGUUGAUCACGUUCCGUACAAUGACGGAAACUACUACGGAUGUAUUGGAAUGCCGCGCCAUUUUGUCAGUGGUGUUGAUAAGUGGGGAUACAAAUUAAGUUACUCGUUCUUUUUCGGAGCAGUAACAGGUAUGACGAGAGGACAAAUGUACGAGAUAAACGGGUUUCCUAAUGUGUAUUGGGGGUGGGGUGGAGAAGACGAUGAUAUUUGGCAACGGGUAAAAAGAAUGGGAUACUACAGAACAAGACCAAGGUCGUACAGGGGCUGGUAUAACGUCAUUAAAAAAGAUCAUAAAAGUGCACCAAAGAGUAAAGAAAGAGUUUCUUACUUGAACCACUGGAAAAAGCGGCAGUUCAUCGAUGGUCUCAAUAAUCUUAAAUAUGACGAACCAAUAAUAAAUCUGUAUCCGCUGUAUACAAACAUUGCCGUUAAUAUUCAAAAAAUAAUAUUAGACAUUGAUUACGAUGACUCAUAGGAAUAUAGGAGAAUAAAUGUUAGUGUUAUU